AAUAUAUUUAUCAUUGUCGGUUGCGACUGGUCAAGAACCAUCUCGCAUAGUGUAGUUUCGAAUUUCUUCUUUUUAGAAAAACCGUUUGUCAUAAAUAAAUGCUAAUUUUUUUCAAAACAAUUAAAAUUAUUUUUUCAACUUUUUAAAAUCGAUUUAUUCAAUUUUAACGAUUCCUUUUAUUUAACUGCUAACUAGUAACUACACAACAGCAUAUUAUCAUGUCUCAGGAUAAUAUAUUAUCAAUAUCUAGUUUGAAUUUACAUAGUCCAAAAAACUGGAAAAUAGUGGCAAGAGUUAAAUAUCUGUCAGAACCGGAAGAUGGAAAGACUGGGAAAUAUUUCUAUGUUGAUUUAUGUGAUUCUACAGGAGAAAUUAGGGCAAUAGCGUUUAAUUUAGAAGCUUAUCGGUUCCAUUCAAUAUUUAAAGAAAAUGCGAAUAAGAAUAUUUAUUAUUCAAUAGAAAACGGAAUAAUACAAACGAUAAAUGAAGAUUUCAGAAAUUACAAUGGACUUGAUAACGAUUUUGAAAUCAAAUUGUUUAAACGUUCCAUAGUCAAAGAAAAUGAAUUAAAUAAUAAUGUGCGUAAUGGAAAAUAUAAUGCAGUUAAAACAAUACAUUCAAAAGAAAAAGAUUCAAGUGUUGCUUCACAAUCUCAACACAGUGAAUUGAUUGAAGAACUUACACAAAAAAGUAUAGCUAUAGACAAGCGUGAGAUUGACAAGAGACAAAAAAUAAUGGAUAUACUUGACAUCGAACUUGCCAUAAAAAAAUUAGAUUUGGGAUAUUUGAAAGAAAAAGGGGAUUUAGUAAAAAAACUAAACCACUUGAAUAAUCAAUAA